GUGUGUGUGUGAGAGAGAGAGAGAGAGAGAGAGAGAGAAGAGCUUUAUAAGCAGCCAUUUAGGCAGCAGGGAGGGACAAGGAUCUCAAAAAUCCACCAUCACGACUUUGCAUACACUUUUCAGUAGUUUUAUAGUGCAUAGAGAGAGAUUUUGAUCCAUAGUCUGUGCUAGACAGUCACUGCCAACUUAUUCAUAGAAAUUCACGCCUAGAAAACAGCAUUAAAUUGGUUACUACAUUGAUAUUUAAUCGAGCUUCGGGACUUUUUAUUUAUUUAUUUUUUUUAUAGUUGAAUUGAAGUGGAAGGGAUUUGAACAAGACGCACGCGCGGCUGCUGAGAGGAAAGAAAAUAAAAUGAAAUGGCUGGCUCCUUCACUGUCUCAAGCGUUCCGGAGGCGAUGGUGGAUGGCCGGCACGGCAGUGGUGGAAAAUCUGGGAUUUUCUGCUGUGCUGCUUGGUUGGGGAUCUCUGCUCAUCAUGCUGAAACACGAGGGCUUUUACUCGCACCUUUGCACAGAAAAUGACACAGAGGUAGCUAAUGUUAGCACGAAUAAUCAUCAGGAUUUGAUCAGCUGCGUAGAGCAGGAGGAAAUGCUCAACCUGGGCUUUACCAUUGGCUCCUUCCUGCUCAGUGCUGCUACGCUGCCACUCGGCAUCCUCAUGGACCGAUUCGGGCCCAGACCACUGCGCCUCACCGGGAGCGCGUGUUUUGCUCUCUCCUGUGCAAUGAUGUCCGUGUCCGCAUAUCAGCCUCAAGUCCUCUCUGCACUCAUCUUUCUUGCUCUGUCGCUCAAUGGUUUCGGAGGAAUCUGUUUGACCUUCACGUCUCUCACGCUCCCCAACAUGUUCGGUAGCCUCAGCUCCACCGUGAUGUCACUGAUGAUCGGCUCUUACGCGUCAUCCGCCGUCACCUUCCCCGGAGUUAAACUGAUAUAUGAUGCUGGGGUGCCGUUCACCGUGAUCAUGUGGGUUUGGUCUGGUCUUGCCCUCCUGAUUUUUGCCAACUGUUUACUGAAUUGGCCAGUGGAGCCAUUCCGCACACCUGAGGAGAUGGAGGAGAUGAAGAAGAUGCGUUCAGGUGAUGACGCUCAGAAACACACCCUGACCUCAGUGGAGGAGAAAAAACAAGAUCAGCUCAACAACUCGACAGACAAACUGACCGACGCAGCACAUAUUGCAACGUCCUCCAUUCCUUUCCGCCGCUCCGUGUUUUCUCCCAUCUUCCUGUGGAGCCUGAUUACCAUGGGGAUGACUCAGCUGCGCAUCAUCUUCUACAUGGGAGCCAUGAACAAAUUGCUAGAGUUUAUGGUCACUCAUGGAGACCCUCACCCCUCUGAGUUACUGGUGCAUGAAGCUGAGAAGAAAGUGAACUUUUAUGCAUCCAUCUUCGGUACACUGCAGCUACUGUGUCUGCUCACGUGUCCUCUGAUUGGCUACAUCAUGGACUGGAAGAUGAAGGAGUGUGAGGAUGAGCAGAGCCCUGUAAUUGGAGAGAAACGCGGUUCUGCCUCGAAACCAAAGCGUGACAGAAAGAUCCAGAAACUGACAAAUGCCAUGAGAGCCUUCACUUUUACCAACGUGCUGCUCGUCCUGUUUGGCAUCAUAUCGCUCAUUGACAACAUGCCAUUACAGAUCUUGACCUUUAUCUUGCACACCAUGGUCCGAGGUUUCAUCCACUCCUGCUGCGGAGGCUUGUACGCUGCUGUCUACCCAUCUAACCACUUUGGCACUCUGACUGGGCUGCAGUCUAUGAUCAGCGCUGUGGUUGCCCUGCUGCAGCAGCCGCUCUUCAUCGCCAUGUUGGGACCACUGAAGGGAGAUGGCUAUUGGAUCAACAUCGGCCUGCUGAUCUCUUCAUUAGCCGGCUUUCUGUUGCCCGGAUACCUGUUCUACCACCGCCGACACCUGGUGCAAGAGAAGGCAUUACGGGACAAGGCCGUUUCAGAGAGUCAGGCUCUCAACCAAUCAGAAGCCAACGGCAUUAACGGACACGCGCCCUAGGAAGCCUAGAUCCACCGAGGAACAAUCACAGGAACGUUAAUGCGUUUUCAUCCCAAAAAGUGCUGACUCGGCGUAACAGAUUAGCAUUGAUCAUUAUUAGCUUGACACGUCGGUGCUGAAUUUUUUUCAUUAAAGCCAUAAAAUUUCACCUAAGGACUUGUAAGAAUGACACGCGGUCGUGCAAGGUUUCGGAAUAGCCGUUACCCGUAAUGCUUCGUAAACUUUCUUUUUUUUUGUAAUUUAUUUUGUAGCUCGACAGGCUGAAAGCACCCCGAAUACACACUCUACUUCACUUGACUUGACUGUAGACAAGCUACCUCAGCCGAUCGUCGCCUCUGUCACGCUGAGCCAUGGGCCGGUUGGUCAGUUUGUCUGUGAAACGUGUCGUUCACCAAAGAGUUGUUCACCAUGUUGUCAUGUUAUUGUCUUUUUGUCUUGAAAAUGAGAAAAAGAUUUUUUUUUUUU